CACUUAAACAUCGGUCAACUUUUGCCUGGUAGAGUUCCUUUGUGUUGCAGCUACGUUAAAUUUUAUAAUAGACUACAUCUACAUCAGUCAUGAAGAAGAUAAUACGACAGCACUUGCUUAAACAUAUAUAACGACAACACUGUCUGAAGCAUAUUAACGAAAGCACUGAUAUGUCAAAUUAAAUGUUAAAAAAAAAAAACAGAUCAAAAAUUCUAGCCGUUGGAAACGAUCCAUAAAAUAAAAACAAAUAACGAAAAUAUGGAAAAGAAUGACGCUGAAAUUCAGGAAAUAUUUGAUUCACCUUCUGUAAAGCGACGUCUUCGACGGCGUUCAAGUUUGUACGGAUCGCCUUUACUGAAAAGUGAAAUUGUAUCUGAGGAUACAAAACUACAGUAUGUAGCACAAUUACAAAAUGAAAAGUUACAAUGGAUUCGACUGCAGGAAACUAUACUAGCAAACAACAGAAAAGUGGAACCACCAUUGAAAUGUAAUUUCAAUCAUUUGAACACAGAGUUGAGAAAUUUCUGUAACGAUCGCCACGAUCUGGUCAAAUUUGCCGCGGACACCAAUGCAUUAGCGGAAAAGUUGGAGUUCUACACAAGAAUGGAAGGUUAUGCCGUUCGAAAGGUAAAAUAUGCGGAGGACCGGUUAAAGCAGAGAGUUAACGAUAUAACAGCCAAGUUAUUCGUUGAUCAGGUCGAGGAAAAAAUUUACCUGUAGCGGAUACAGUAUAAUUGAAACAUGUCGGAGACUGUUAUGUAACUAUUUUAAGGCAUAUAAUUAAAAAAGAAGAUUUUUUUAUACAAAAUUUCACUUAAA